ACAUAUAUAACCAUCUAAGCAGUGGACAGGAUCGAAAAGGUGGAAUCAUUAUCCCUACAGGGUUUACAAAAGCUCAAGAAAGUUGAUGUUGAAGGAAUACAAGAAGUACAUAUUGAUUCUCCAAGUCUUGAGGAGCUAUGCUAUCAAGCUUGGGAUCUCAAUGCACCGUUCAAGCUGAAUUUUGAUAGUUGCACAAAUUUAAGGUGUUUGGAAUUAAGCAAUUUGAAGAACACUGCUAUUGCAGACAAGUGGUUUCUUGAACUGUUUUCUAAGUUUCCUUUUAUUGAGAGCUUGAAACUAUUUGAUUGCUCUAUGUCUGAGAGGAUUAAUAUUUCGAGUUCUCAACUCAAGAUCUUGCAGCUAAUGUUUUGCUCUAAGUUGAAGGAGGUCAAUGUUGAUGCUCCAAAUUUGUUAUUAUUUGACUAUCGUGAUGAUGACAAACCUGUUAUAUCUUUUAUGAGAAGUUCUAAUCAACUUGAAGUCAAUAUUUCUACCAAUGUGGAUUUUCGGCACUUUUAUAGCUUGAGGGAAUUUACCCGGAAUAUGCCACAAGUGAUUUUGGCAUCACUUUCCCUCUCUAUUGGACAAUCAUUUCCUGGUGAUGAUCCAUACAUGCCUGCAUUGCUAGUUUCCUCCACUACUCCUCCAAGUAUCAAACAUUUGGUGUUGAGAGAAUAUUCACCUCCAGACAGUGAAGCUCUCUAUAGCCAGCUACUUAUGAAUUACUUGCUUUCAAAUUGCUUCCCAAAAACAAUUUCAUUCAUAUAUCAUCGUCGUUUCUCAUUCAUUGAGUUCUUCUAUGAGAAGCUGAUGGGCAGUGAAAAGGGAGAGUGCUAUUGCAGUUCAGGUGAUAGAAAGUGUUGGUGGCAUGCCUUGAAGAUUGUCAACAUCUCUUGUUCAUUCAUGACUGAUGAGAAUGCUGACUUUAAGGCCAUGCUAGAUGCGUCAGCGAGAUCUUUUGAGGAGAAAACUAUCACUUUUAGCUUAGAGCUGUAAUCUUGCUCUUAUCAACCUUUGAACAUUCCUAAUUAGAAUUAAAAACUUUAAUGUUGAUGCUGAGUUACAUCUAUUUAUGUAUAUUGAAGUGGCUAUUAUAUAACAGAGUACUAUAAUGGAGCUAAUGCGUUUAACUAUUCACAUUAA